ACGAGCGCGGAGCUGGAGGCCGUGUGUCCGCUGUUACCUGCACUUUUCCCGCUGUUACCUGUUCUUCACCGAGGAGCUCCCGGUUCAAGUGGUGAACUUUGCAGCCAUUACACCGAGACGACUCCAGCGAGGGACAAUGGUGAAUCCCGGAGGCAGCAGCCAGCCACCGCCGGUGGGCACGGGUUCUCUGUCCUGGAAGCGGUGUGCAGGAUGUGGGGGGAAAAUCGCAGACCGCUUCCUCCUUUACACCAUGGACAGCUACUGGCACAGCCGAUGCCUCAAGUGCUCCUGCUGCCAGGCCCAGCUGGGUGAAAUCGGCACGUCGUGCUAUACAAAAAGUGGCAUGAUCCUUUGUAGAAACGACUACAUCAGAUUAUUUGGAAACAGCGGAGCUUGCAGCGCUUGUGGCCAGUCCAUUCCAUCCAGUGAACUGGUGAUGAGGGCACAGGGCAACGUGUACCAUCUCAAGUGUUUCGCAUGUUCCACCUGCCGGAACCGGCUCGUCCCGGGGGACCGGUUCCACUACAUCAAUGGCAGCCUGUUCUGUGAACACGACAGACCCACAGCACUCAUCAACGGCCACUUGAGUUCACUGCAGACGAACCCGCUACUGCCCGACCAGAAGGUAUGA